AUGGCUUUCAUCAAGGACAUCAAGACCUCUGCUUACCACUCCAGAUACCAAACUCCAUUCAGAAGAAGAAGAGAAGGUAAGACUGACUACUAUGCCAGAAAGAGAUUAGUCGCUCAACACAAGGCUAAGUACAACACUCCAAAGUACAGAUUGGUUGUUAGAUUCACCAACAAGGACAUCAUCACCCAAAUCGUCUCUUCUACCAUCACUGGUGACAUUGUUUUGGCCGCUGCUUACUCUCACGAACUACCAAGAUACGGUAUUACCCAUGGUUUGACUAACUGGUCUGCUGCUUACGCUACCGGUUUGUUGUUGGCCAGAAGAACUUUGCAAAAGUUGGGUUUGGACGAAACCUACCCAGGUGUUGAAGAAGUUGAAGGUGAAUACGAAUUGACCGAAGCUGUUGAAGACGGUCCAAGACCAUUCAAGGUCUACUUGGAUGUCGGUUUGCAAAGAACCACCACCGGUGCCAGAAUCUUCGGUGCUUUGAAGGGUGCUUCUGACGGUGGUUUGUACGUUCCUCACUCUGAAAACAGAUUCCCAGGUUGGGACUUCGAAGCUGAAGAAUUGGACGCUGAUUUGUUGAGAACUUACAUCUUCGGUGGUCACGUUUCCCAAUACAUGGAAGAAUUGGCCGAUGAUGAUGAAGAAAGAUACAGAGAAUUGUUCAAGGGUUACUUGGCCGAUGACAUCGAUGCCGAUGCCGUCGAAGACAUCUACGCUGAUGCUCACGCUGCUAUCAGAGAAGACCCAGCCUUCAAGCCAACUGAAAAGAAGUUCACCAAGGAACAAUACGCUGCUGAAUCCAAGAAAUACAGACAAGUCAAGUUGACCAGAGAAGAAAGAAAGGCCCGUGUUGCUGCCAAGAUCUCUGCUUUGGCUCCUCAAGAAUAA